AUGGUGAUAUCGGCUGAGCAUGAGCGCAACGGUAUAGCCGACUUCUUCACCCAGGUUGAUCCUGAAGUGCGCAAAGUUACGCUAGCGAUUGGGAACAUCAUCUCGAAGAACUCCAUCAAAGAGAUCACGCUGGAAAAGUCUUUAAACGUUAUGAUGGAACAUUGUCGUGAUGCUGGAACCUUGCUGGCCAAAAAUAUCGUUAAAACAGAGUACCUCGUCAAAUACCUGCAAAGCUACAAUAUUAACUUACCACAAGACAGUUCAAAGGCGAUUAUAAUCGAGCACUGCUUGCAACUCUGGAGACGCAAGUACGGUAGCUCAACGGAUGCAUCCUAUGUACCAUCGUCCAAUGACAUGCCAGGACCGUCGUCCACUUCGUACGUAUUUCCAUCGACAUCCGCAGACUCCAGCUGUUCCAGCGGGACAACGCUGCAAAACCACAUCGAUAACUACAACGCGCUAGCAGCAUCUUCGAAUGGUGUGUUCUUCAGUGAAAAUACAAAUGGGCCCGGUGAUGAAUCGGACACCGAACCACCCGGCCUCGAGCAAUAUCCGGUGAAUUUGCUCGCACUCGACUACACCGUAUGGUUCUUUCUCAAGUGGAACCGCAACUCGCUGGACGAAAGUGCAUUUUGGAACGAUGCCAACUGCACAGUGAUGCUGGAGAUCAGUGAAACACAACAAGGCACCGAACAGGUGUGCGGUCCACAGGAUAUCAUCAAUCUGAUCCUUAGCCUUAAGUUCCAGUACAACUUUCAGCUAGUGCCGAACAUAAUGUUCGAUGGAUGUCAAGGACGAAUCAUGGAGUCGGGUGUGCUGGCGCUCUCAUGUGGCGUCGUGUACAAUAAUCAACCGGGACCGGAUAACCGGUUCGUGUGUCUGGGGGAGUUUGAAACGCUAAUCGGACUUCGGCGUGAUCCGAUGGAGAAUAACAAUUGGAAAAUACGGAUGCUGAAGCUCUACAUACGGUAUAAGAGUGUAGACAAUCUGCCCGCGCUGGCAAACAGCAAAAUGCUCAACAAUUGUCUUAUGAUUCCGCUAACGAUGGAUAUCGUUUAG